AUGGUGUCUUUUUUCGGGUUGAAGCUCGGUGCUGACAAGAAGAAGAAAGCUGAGAAGGCAAUUGAACGAAAGCCCCAAUGGAAGAAGGUUGACCAGAACCUCCUCGGCGAGGGCCAGUUCUUUGGAAAGGACCUUGAUCGACCCAUUCUCAUCAAUGGCUCCCGCCCCGGCACUGCCAUGUCUAACAAGAGCUUCGCCGCCAACUUUCGCCAGCCGAACGCGCCAUAUCUGAAUGGCGGCUCAUCCUCGCUGGUCGACCUUGGUGCACCUGGCGGCGCCAAGGGUAUCCGGCCUAUUGGGUCCGAGGCUAAUCUGAACAUGCGGUGGAAUAAUAGUUCGGUCACAAGUCUGCAGAACAUUGCAAGCCCACCGACCAUCACCGGUGGUAGCAGGCCCGGCAGUAGACCAGGGACCCCCAACUCGGCCGGUCGAAAGGUCUGGGUCAACCCUCUCGACGUCCACUUCGUUCGUGACAAUGCCGGCUCGAGAAGUGACGGUGCUCUCAGCCCGGCUCCAAGUGCCGCGCCGAGUGGCUAUCACUCCACGACUAGCCUGUCCCCCCUUCCCACUCCGACCGUCGCCAACGCACCCCGGAGCCCGCUUGGCCAAUUUGAGUUCAACCUGAACCCGUCAGACGCAUCGAAAGAUGGUAAGCUGACUCCCGCUCCGUUGUCGCCGACCAAGGCGUAUCCAUCUCCGCCACAGUCCGUCAAUGGCUCCCUUCCACCAUUGAGGACCGAUUUCAAACCAAAAACGGCCAUCAGCACCGUCCGUGAGGUACACCGGCAAAGACCGGCCGCACUCCCCUCUCCGACCGCGUCGACAGGACGCUGCAGCGAUGAGGAGCAGCACUUCUACCCCAGGCCCAUCAUCCAGAACGUAGCAGCAAAACGAGACACACUUACCAUUAUUACGCCUCGACGACAGAGCUUCUCAAUGGAUAUCGACGAGGAUCCGACUGCGCUCAGUUUUGGUCCGCAAGAAGAGCAAAGUCCCACGAUCCCAGCGAGCCCGCCGCCGAGAAGCAGUCGGAGGCCGUGUCCUCCGGAAAUGAAGAAUCUGCCUCAGCCGCCCCGGGAUACUGGUCUUCCGCCCCCAAGGCCGCAACAGGUACCGUUUGAGGGGCCGUUGCGGAGCCCUGCUCGACCUCCCGAUGAUUGGAUCAAGGCCAGACAGCGGAUGGGCGCGGAUGCGCGGGAGAGAACGAAUUCUGAUGCUCGCGACCGCUUCAACUCUGAUUCCCGGGAACGGCCGGGCCCGGAUAGCAGGGAUAGGAAAGACUCUGAUGGCCGCACUCGCGACGACCGUCCUCCCCUGCCGCCAGGGUAUCUCGGCCCUCCGCCCACGUCGAGAAGGGUGGCGCCAGGUGAAGGCGAACGCAGCUACGGUAUCACACCAGCGAACCGGCGUCAGCCCCCGCCGCCCGUUGAGCUCCAAAGCAAGGCGUCGAACCAGCAGUUCCGGCCGCCGGGCUGGGAUGACCGCGAUGUCCAGCAAGGAAACUUUGCCAUGAUCUCUCCUCGCAUGCAGCCGCCCCAGCCGACGACUCCGAUCGGCUUGAUCCCAGAGCCUUCGAGCGAUGCGAACUGGCCGCUGCCGAGCCCCUUGGCAAGCCCGACGUUCGGGACAGGCAAACGGCCGCAUACACCAAGCGAGAGGUCUGAAGGUCAAAUGAGCCCUGGACCGGUGCUGCCCCUGACCCAUGGUCUCGAGGGAAGCCGGGAAGCUAGACGGCCCGACUUUGGAUUGAGGGCGCCGACAGGUAUUGCGGACGAGUUCCGCGUUGGGUUCAUCUAG